AUGUGGAGACCGGUCCUGCUAGCGGCUGCCCUGCUGCAGUUCGCUUUUCUUGGCCUGGCGUACACAGAACUGAAAAAUAUAGUCAAUGAGACCGAUAUUAAGAGCGGGGACUACGAUGUGGUCGUCUUUAUUUGCGACAGUUUGACAGGCAACGAAGCUCCGUAUGACGAAAUCCAAAAAGCGAUCGACAACUACCAAAAAGUGAGUACCACAUUAUCAUCCUUGGAUUGCGUCUUUUCAUGACAAUGUUGUUUUUAAGCUCACAUGCUUUUUGCCUACCAAACGAUAAGUUUACUGUAUUUAACGCUUACAAAUCUCGAAAAACCCCAUGUGUCGAACUGAAAAUAGAGGUGCCAUUAUGGCCGCAGGCAAUGCUCGAAGUUGAAAAUUGUAAGAACUCUGGAUGGGAGUGGUAAGUGGUCCAUAAACCAAGGAUCCCGUUUCUGUCACUGUCUCUGAUGAUGAGUUCGAACGAGAACCCGAAACGUCAGGCGAAUAAAGCCCUUGUUCCAGCAAUUGAUUUUAAUUCUUAUUCCUCUUACUGUAUACAGACCACCACAAUACUACUGAUGGCAUCCAGUAAGAUGAUAGACCGUUGGCUGACUGAAGACGGUAACCAAGUUAGAAGUCGCCGUCCAGGGCUCGAGUUUUCGGCGGUACGAUACGACACCUGUCAUAGAGUAGGUGGGCUAACUCAUGAAAUGUCAACCGAAAUUCCGUACUGCAUUUUCGUUUCGAAAAGAUUAAUUAAGAAGGGUUGUAAAACUAGUUAGCCUGCAACAUAAUUCUAUGAUAUUUCAAUUACCUCAGGAUGCCGGCUAUCAAAUGAACUUCCUUUCGGCUGCAUGCAAAAUCUUCAAUCUGUAAAAAAUGACUACUUACUUAGCAUGAAUUUUUCUCAUUAAUUUUCGAUGUUUCUAGAAGUCCAGUUAUAUUUCAUGGAAAACAUGCAUAAAAUUAUUUAUUCUUUCGCUCAUUUGGUAGAUAAUUACGUCUUCUUUCAAUUUUAUACUCGAAGGAGGGACAUAAUUGGGUUAUAAAAAUGUUUCUAAAUGUGGAACUUUCAAAUACUAUGAAAUGGCCGUUCACAAAUCGUCAUGCCUCUGCAUUUAUCAAUGUUGCUUGUAAAGUUAACAAUAUAGAUCAAAUCCACUGCUUAAUGUUAUGAACCCUAUAUGAUCCCCCUUUAUUACCGUAGAAAAAUGUGUGGUUGUUCGUACGCAGAAAAUAAACGACUUGUAGUUUGGAAACCCUGAAUCCAAAUGUGACGGUAGAGCAGGGUUCAAAAUUAUACGAGAAUCGGAAAAGUUUUUGAAAACCGAAUAAUACCCUUCCUUCGAGUAUAAGAUUGAAAGAAGACGUAAUUGUUUACCGAAUGAACAAAAGAAUAAAUGUUUUUGUGCAUGUUUUCCAUGAACUAUAAUUGGACUUUUAGGGACAUCGAAAAUCAAUGAGAAGACUCCAUGCUACAUAAGUAGUCAUUUUUACAGAAUGUAUUAUUGUAUGCAGCCGGAAGGAAGUUCAUUCAAAAGCCGGCGUCCUGAGGUAAUGGAAAUAUUAGAGAGUUAUUUUGCAGGCUGACUAGUUUUACAACCCUACUUAAUUAAUCUUCUUAAAACGAAAAUCAUUUUGGAACUUCGGUUGACAUUUCAUGAGUUAGCCCACCUACUGUAAGUCGUCAGACAACCAGAACGAUUCUCUUUAGACCUGAGUUGGCGGCAGAAGCUUUUGUCUCUGCCGGCGGUGGAAUAAGUUCCGAGGCAGCUCAUUUGUCAGGGAUAGGCAGGCUGCCGAAUUUGUGGAAAAUGAUCACAGCACAGGAAUCUUCGCCUUAAUCAAGCGAAAAAUUUCAGAAAUUAUUCAGCGCAGGAUAUGGAAUUAAUUCUCCGAUACAUGGCAUAUUAGAAUCAGGCCUAAAAUUUCAAUGAACCUUCGAGUCGGACACAAUCGACCACUGUGGAAUAACCGCGUAAUGCCUAUUCCAAAAACAAGUAGUGCUACAACUAGCAUGAAAUUUAUAUCCCAAACGUAUUAUACCAUACGAAUGACAUAUGCAUUUCAUAUUUCUCUUAGUACUACUUUUUGUAUAAUGGGCAUUACGUGGUUAUUCCACAGGAGUUGACUGUCUUCGACUCGAAUGUUUAUUGAAAUUUCGGGUCUUACCCUAAAAUGCCAUGUCCCUGAGAAUUAAUUCCGUGUCCUGCAUUGAAUAAUUUCUGAAAUUAUUCGCUUGAUGAUUUUCUGGAUUUAAUUUACCAGAAACCGCAUCGAGAACGCUGGGGGACCCACGGAUGAUCCGAACCCCUCGCAGCUGUUUCACGUAGCGGCAGACUAUCGGCCAAACACGCGUCUGGACUUGUAGUUAGUACCUAUGUCGGGAGUAGGGUAUAGUACGUUUGUCAAUCUUCCGUUUAUUUUCACACGCCCUCACCUCCUAAUGAGCACUGAUUAUCGGUACUCACUCGAAAGUAAUCUUUAAGAUAGAAAACACUGAUGGCCUAAUUGUUAGAAUGCGUAACCUCAUCCCUCUCUAUGACGUGUCUUCAUGAAAUGCUGUGGGCGUACGAUAGUUUUUCUCGUCUGGAUUUCGAGAUAAAGGCCUCUUUGAAGGCCUGUAAGACUGGUUCGCUGUGAAGUUUUGCCUUCGGCAAAUGCUGCAAACCUCUAACCAUGUGCCCGGUGGGAAUAGUAAUGACGAUUCAGGUAGCACUGGGCUAUCGGUUUUCAGUUGUAUGAAAAACCGGUACGUACAGAGCUUUUACCUUGAUUUAUUAGUGACUUGUGUUCAACAUUGCAGACAUUGAGAUGGCGCUCGCUAAGGAGUAGCUUUUACCUUCAGGAUAUUUGACUAGCUUCGCAUAACUCAGAUUUUUUAUGGGUCAGAAGGGUAUUCGGUAAGUAAGCCUAGACUCUGGAUAUCUCUGAUUUCAAAUACCAUACACAUCCGGUCGGAGCACUUUAAACGCGUUUCCCUGCACCGAAAAGCGUAUGCAGCUGUGACAUCUUCCGAAUCGGAUUUCCAACCCGAAUAAAAUGCCUAACCUGCAGACGAAGUUAGAAAUUCCGCAGGCGAAGGCGGAUUCCGGUGGGAGGAAACCUACCUUCAACGAGUACCGUUACUUUGUUCUUAGACAGGAAAAAUUCGCUGUUAAUUAAUUGUAAAGGAAACCCUUCUGCUUUUGGGUCCUUUAUGGCUUCUUGUCGGGAUCUGUGGUUAAAACACUGUUCUGCUCAGUGAUUACCCCUACCGCCCUCGCUUUUCUACCAUUUCUUUUAUUGUAUAUUUAACUUUAUUUCGGGUUAUCCGCAAUAUUAGCACUAGUUUUGACCAUUCAUCAUUUAAAAAUAUCAUUUUUUGGUAAAAUAUUCUGCAAGAUGACACAUUUCCUUUGAAGCUGAAGUUGACUCUGGUCUCGGCAAAAUCGAUAUUCGAGUGGCGUCUAGGGUGGCCCGUUACGUGAUUAAGUUAACUUUAGUCAGUGCAUUUGAGUAACAAGAGAAAUAACGAUAAUUCAUAUAAUCACCUGCCCCCUAGGCCUACAACUCCCUCCAGACUUUAAGUUUGCCCUGAUAUAUCAUCUCGUACUGACGCCAGAUCAGGUAUAUUAUGUUCCGUUAAAUACCAUACAUCAUGACAGGCUUUAACACACUCAAUACUGUUUAGGUAUUCUUUUUGCAAACUAAACAGGAACAAAAUAUCUGCCUUAUUGAAGCCUUUAAGUCGGGUAUUUUCUGAGCUCAAACCUAGACCACGCACCUCUUCACAGAACCUGAUGUAAAGUAAGUCGAUUUGCCCAAAAAGGAGUAACCUUCAGAGAUUGCAAUAUUCAGAAGAGACAGUGGCGAGUGAACGGUCCUUUCGGUAAAUUCUCAUCAGGCCAAUACAGUUACAGUGAGUGAAACAAAAAUCGACAAAAGUUAGGUUUAAAAUUACAGGCCCGGCAAUAUUGCUUGACAAAAAGGACACCACGUAUCUUAUUCACUUCGCGUGAUUGCACUCUGCAUAACACCGUUGUGCAAUUUGCCUUUUUAGGUGGAUGCUGCAACCGCGAAGGCGUCUGCGAAGCUGAUUCCAUUUUUGACGCAUCCCAGCAAGCGUUUAGUAAGUCAAAAACCCAUGACGUUCCUUAAAUCUGCACACAUCGUAGUUCCAUCGUCAAAAGCUAGGACGUCCACCACCGUCCUACGAGAUGGACUUUGAGAAAAAGGAUUAGGCAUUAAUUAGUUAAUAGCGUAGGAGGCAUGCGAUGCAUAUACCGCACUCUCCUUUCCAUCACCGGCCAAGUUGCCAUAGCAAAGUAAAGACUGCCCGAGGCGAGAUUGAACGCAGGAGGUGAGAAGGCUAAAGAGGCCCUCUGCACGUUCCACACACACGACCUGGUCCCCAGUCCAGGUGUAUCAGGCAAGAGUGGGGAUGGUCCAGAUCUCAUAUGAGUGGGGAUGCUAUGAAGGUCGCAUGAAGAAGAAGAAGAAGAAGAAGAAGAAGAAGAAGAAGCCAUUGCAGCCUCAUUCCCCAAGAAAACCGAGUUAUCUCAUGAGUUGAUGAGAUGCACGCGAGUACGCCCAACCCAGUGAAGACGUCAUAAUACACUGUUCAUUUAUCUUACUUUAAAUGUUUCGCAACCAUUAGAAGGCAGUGAGUUUUACUGCAGGGAAUUUGUGGAAAACGCCACCAGAAAUGUUUAGUAUUAACCACAUUUUCCAUCGCACUGAUCUUUAACGUUUGCUUUGAAAUUGCCAUUUAGCAUUACGUCGAAAAGGCAUUCACAGGGUUUUUCCUUCACAGAUCGUCGCCUCUACAGGGAGUUUGAAAACUGACACAGCGGACAGUAGACUGAUUUACAAGGCAGCUUCGAAGGCAUUUGCCCUGUAAGUAUGUGCAGUCUUUUCGCAUUCACGGGACCACUCAGCUCUGGACAUUUUCUUUGCCCUAGUUGAUGCAAUAAGUGGGACCGUACUCCUUUUUUAAUUUUUAUCAGACCCUUCUAACACGGAGACCCUAACCAUUUCAUGUACUGCCCCAUUAUCUGUUCAACGAAGUCGUCCGACAGAACUGACUGUUUGUGCAGAUAGAGCACAAACUGAUCCCACGCUCUACCCACCUUUGUCAGUUACAUUUCUAAAUGCGGUAGAUGUGCUAACUCAUGAAAUUCUAACCGAAAUUCUGAUAUGAAUUUUCAACUUGAAAAGAUUACUUAAGUGGAGUUGUAAUAUUAAUCAUCGUGCAACAUAAUCCCAAGAUAUUUCAGUUACUUUGGGAUACCGGCUUUUGAAUGAACUCCUUCUCGGCUGCUCGCAAAGGCUAUAUUCUGCAAAAAUACCUACUUAAUUAGUGUGAUUUUUUCCUACUGAUUUUCACUGUCCCUUUAAAAGGAAAUGUAUUUCAAGGAAAACAUGCAGAAAAAUAUUAAUUCUUUUACUCAUUUGGAAGACAAUAAUGUCUUCUUUAAAUUAUAAACUUGAAGGGAGGGUAUAAUUUGGUUUUAAAAACUUUUUCAAUUUCCGAAUACUUUUGAACUCGACCUACCGUUACACUUUCAUUCAGGGUUUUCAAACUACAAACUGUUUAUUUUCCGUGUACAGAAAAUCAUACAUCUUCAUAGACUUCUAAGAGGAAACCACAGGGAGUUUCUAAAAUAAGCAGUGAGUUUGAGCUAUAUUGCAAAAUGUAUGGACGGGUAUUGCACGGUCUUAGAAAAUCUCAUAGAAACUUUUUAAAACCGAAUUAUAUCCCUCUUUAAAGCAUAGGAAUUGAAGAACACGUAAUUAUCUUCCGAAUGAGUAAAGGAAUGAAUAUUCUCACGUAUGUUAUUCAUUGGAUAUAUUUGAAUGUGUAGGGAAGUCGAAAAUAAAUGAGAAAAAUUCAUGCUUCCUAGGUAGUCAUUUUUACAGAGUGUAGUUUUAGCGGGCAUCCGGGAAGAAGUACGCUUAAAAGACAGCAUCGCGAAGUAACUGAACUUAUCAUGGGAUUAUGCUGUACGGUGAUUAAUAUUAUAAUCCCACUUAAGUCGAAAAUGCAUUUCAUGAGUUCGGUUAACAUUUCCUGAGUUAGCACAUAUACUGUGCAUCAAAUGAUCUCUUACUCUUGAGCUUAACCAGUUUGGGGCGAUAUACCUUUGAACUAAUCGGUUGUGGGGCAACAAUGAAAGUGAAUUUUAAUAUGACAACGGAAUUGCCUGCUGACUGGUUUAAGACCGCGACAGCUGGAAGACAUCAUGUACAGGAGUCGCGGAAAUAUUUUUAGCCUGACACCUUCAUUCUACCGUAUUUUUCGUUGUGCUCCAACAAGCUUAGAGAUAUAGUACAGGGGUAGAUCGCUUGAGCUACCUGUGUCAUAAGUGAAAAAGAAGAGUCGAGCACCGGAACACUUUGUUUCUUGUCCUGAACUUUCAGACUCGUGCAGGAGUCCAUCGUCAGAGGUAGUGGCAGAAACAGGACAAGCGACAGUUAUAAGGCCUGUAGGCCCAUCAUCGACCAACGGCGCAAGACUGGAGAUGACUACGCAGGACUCUCUGCGCGGCGCCAGAUCGAUAAAUCGAUUGACUGAGUUCUCAUCCGAGACCCAGGCCGUGUCAUACCGGCCAAGGUCGGGAGUAUUUAAUCACGGGACUUGACCAGCUUAGAGGAUGGAAUUGAGAGUCUAUGCCCACGCAGGCGGUCACUUCCUGCCUUGUGAGGCAUUUAUUAGUACUGAUUAUAAUGUAUACAGCAUGGCCCAUAUCGAUCAAGAAAAUUUCAUGAGCCAUAUAUGACAUCUUUUUAAUGGCGUAUAGAAGUGUGUGUGAUUUUCCUUACACAGGAAGCAUACGACCUGUAGUUUGGAAACCCUGAAUGAAAGUGUAAUGACAGGUCGGGUUCCAUAUUAUCCGAGAAUUGAAAAAAGUUUUCGAAACCAAAAAUGCUCUUUCUUCGAGCGUAUGAUUAAAAGAAGACGUGAUUUUCUGCCAAACUAGCCCACGAGAGAAUAUUUAUAUGCAUUUUUUAUAUAAAAUUUACUUGACUUCAUCUUGACAUCGUAAACCAAUGGGAAAAAAUCUACUUAAUUAGUCAUUUUCUGCCGGUGUACAGACGGCCGGGAGGAAACUCACUCAAAAGCCGGCAUCUUGUCAUAACCAAAAUAUCUUAGGACUCGGAUACAUGACAACCAGGCAAUCCUUUCGAAUCAAAGACAUUUUUAAGAAUCCCGAUUAACAUCUCAUGCGAUAGUACAUCUGCUGUAAAUUGCGUUCAAAGUGUGUCGCAUAUGCAUUGGCGAACACUGUUCAGAAUGGCUGAGACAAGCCUAGUACAUUGAAUUUUUUUAUUACAGAGUAUACGAAGGGAAGUACAGGAAACCGUUGUUGGUCCUAGGCAAGCUCCACGGGGCCUCCGAAGAUCUACCUUGGACCCAGGGUAUCUACCCCUAUAUCACGGCAAUGCUCGGCGCUCUGCAUGAGAUGUACACGGUAUGUCUACUCAUCUGGAAGUGAUUUUGCUGUCCGCAUGAGUUUUGGGCUGGCCCUCGCAUCCUGGUGUGCGCUGGCAAUUCCCUGCCGGUAGAGGCGCCUGCGCUCCCGCUGGGUAUACAGGUGGUGGGCAUGGCUGCCCAGUCAUUCUUGUUGCCCUGGCCCUUGUUGGGGUGUUGGCGCUGUUGUUACUGCUGUUGUUGUUGAUCAAAAAACCUGGUCAUUUGGGACGUGGAGUGGAACGCCAAGGUGCGGGCUCGACCGUGCCAUCCACCUGCGCGUCCCCCCCCCACCUCUGGUCUUCUUGGCUCUGCCUUGACACCAGGUCCAGCUGGGGAUUGAGGAGGAGAGAGUGCGGUAGAUGCGGCGCAAGUCCAUUAUCACUAUAAACUAACUCACACACAAGCCACCGUACCUGCUCUCACCCUGGUGUGUAGCACACGGUGGACAUCGUCGACAACGAUGGUCGAACUACAUGAGUUUUGGCAUUGAAAAUAAUGCAAGAAUUCGCCCAGAUGACGGGAAAAAACGCAACAAUUUGCCUGAAUCGACGUGGGUACGUACCUAACGGUCAAGCCCACCUGCAGCACGCGCAAUAUAAGUGGCGCUUAACGCCAAAUGUCUUAACUUGAUUUUCUUGACAAAGUUAAGACUCCGGCAUCCGCUUCUGAUUGGCCGCUUGCAAACGAUAGCUCAACCUAGGACUUUGUCUGGCAAAACCUGUACCUCCAGGAAGAAGGGCAGGCUAAGACGGGAAAAGGUAUCUGUAAAAUGGUUUUGUCUGCCAGGCGAUGCGUUACUUACCUAGGGGGACCUCUGUUAUCGAAAAGUUUUAAUUGCAAAGAUAGGAAUACCGAGAAUGCUAUUCCACGCGCAAACUUUGGGUGCUCCGGCGGUUGGGGUUGGAGUAUCGUCGCUUGAUAAGCGAGAAACGACCAUUUAUUGGCUCAGUUUUUACUAAAAAAAAGCAUAUCGAUUAUUCAUUGCUGGUCUCCCUGUGACCGCGUGCGCGCAAUUUAGACCCUAGGCACGUUUACUUCCUGCGAUCGGCUCAGACCGACCUACGCCACCAGGUCACGGCGCGAAGCAAGAACAUACAGUCCUUUCUUGAAGUCAAAUAAGGGGCUUGUUGUUUUGGGAUAGGUGGCUUCCUCAGUUAAGUGGUGUUCCGACUUCUUCGGUGCCCUGAAUGCUUGCCAGUACCGAACAGAUCUUAUCCGGGUUUUCUGUCUUUCUUAGUACAGCCCUCUAUUGUUAUCGAUUUUCAGUUGUUACGCAGGGGUUUGCGGCCGAUUUAUGUUCCUAAACGUCUUUCUGCAUUCACUUUAAGUAACCUUGGCCCUGACCGACAGAAUUAUAGGCAGAAUAGAAUAAUCGACAAAGAGAGACUGGAAUGGCUGCUUCUGGAUUGCUAGCCGUCGUUAGCCAGUCAUACCCAACCCCGAAGUGCGGAGCACCUGGGACUCGAUCCCAUGACCUUCCGGUUAUAAGUCCAACUCCCCUCACCACUGAGCCACGGGCACGUUGUCUUGUUGGUUGCGAUCGGAUAUAUUAACAGUGGUAGUGGGGUGUUCACCAAUCGCUUUACGGAACUCACUGGUUACCCUGUACCUUGAGGCUCUCCCUCGAUCUCCGACAGCAGCUGCACAGCGAUGCAUACUAUGGGCAGAAUGUUAUUACUGAAAAAGACAAGGGAGACUGGAAUGGCACUUUCUGGCUUAGUAGCCAUCGUCAGCCAGUCAUACCAAACACCUUGGGUUCGAACUCGCGACCUGUUAGUUAGAAGUCCACGCCUCUAACCAAUGGGCCACGAGCCCUUUGCCCUGUCGGUUUCGACCGGUGAGCGCCCCCUCCCAUUGUAUAUUCCCGAUCGGAAACCGACAGGGCAACGGGCUUGUGGCCCAGUGGUUAGAGGCGUGGACUUCCAACUAACAGGUCGCGAGUUCGGGCCUCGGGUGUUCCACACUUCGGGGUUAGGUAUGACUGGCUGGCGACGGCCAAUAAGCCAGAAAUGGCCAUUUCAGUCUCCCUUGUCUUUAUCGGUAAUGCCAUUCUGCCUAUAUCAUGCGCCGCAGUGCGACUGCUGGAGGGCUCAACAGGACGAGUGAGUCCCAUAACGCGAUCGGUGAGCGGCCCAAUGCCACCGGCUGAACUAUCUCAAAUGGGCCAGCCUUGGAAUGUCGACUAUAGGUUCCAUGUUCAUUUGGCCGCCUAGUUUGUUCUGAGCAAAAACCGCUGGUCAGAUGCGUUCAUAUUCCUUACUUUCAAGACAUUUUCGCAUCCUCCUCUCACCUGUUGCUGUUGGUUUUGUGCUUUUCAGCCCCUACAGGUUCGUGAAAUGCGACCGGAGGUCUUCCCCAAAUACGACAAGAUCGGUGUCUUCAACGCUCCUGAAAAGGUCAUCGAUUUUGUGAAGGCCAUGGAGGAGGGUCGUUACAUCCACCGCGAUCUCUGCGCAACCGACGAAGAAAGGAUGACAGCUGCCAAUGUUGUGAAAUAUAUAAAAGAAAAUGUUCCUCUGGGCGGCAACUUAAAGAUCGAGUAUGAGUACAUUGACAAGAAAAAGUAUCCAAUGAUCGCGGCAGUUGAUCGCCUUUAUGAAAGUAGGUGGCCUGGUUGCUUUAUCUGACUAUUUAUGCACUUUGCGAUGCCAUCUGCUAGUCCGAGGGUAUACCUUUUUGGGAGUUUUAUCCUGAAUCUUCCUCAACCGCCUUUCAACAUCUACUUCACGGAAUUUCCCACGGUUAAGAUAUUUAAUAGUUAAAUUUCUUGAAGUAAAAGAACAUUUUGAGACUGAGGCGAAUAUCCGAACUCUGGGAAUAUGUAUGUGUUAGAAAGAAGAGGACGUAUUAAGCACCGGAAUUAUUCGUCCAUUUGUCUGAAUUUUCGGAGUCAGUAAAGGAGUCAAUCUUCUCGAGUUCUUUUCUGGGAAUGGCAGAACAAAUGUGAAAAAAGGAAAGAGAACAGUGAAAAAAACGAGAAAACCCUAAUGUUUAUAAGUUUGAGAAGCAUUUGCUGACCUUCUGAACGAUAGAAUGUUGAUUUUCAGACUUCCACAAAUCACCAGUCUUCACCGAAGCCCAGGUGUGAUAGUGGUAAAAUGAUCCUGACACCGAUGCUGGUUAGGGUAGUGAUGAUUGUGAUGGGGACGAUGAUACUUGCCGCCAAAAGAUGGGCCUCAGGAAGCAGGUAACAAGAAGGUUACUCUCCCAUCCGGCUGCCGACUUAUCUCGACCGGCUCUCCAGUCCUUCUGUGCAAAAAUACAGUAUCCUUUCAGCUGGCGUACAGCACCAUGACUUUAGAUUCCGCGGCAUUGAUAAACCCGACCUGGUCGAAACACAACUGCCAGACGUUGCUGAGCUCAGUCGUCUCAAAAUUCCCAGUCGACCUCACCUUCCCGGCUUUUUCAGUGUCACCUAUCGUGUCUGCAGAUAGGCAGACGCGGUUUUUUGAUACUUUGCCAUGAGUCGAGACGGAUGCCAUCGAACAGCCUCGACCCAUCAAGUCCAGGUCGCAGUUCCGAUGCAAUCUGACAGAACAGCUCAGCCAUCAGUGCCGGCACCCGGACGUCCUUCCCAGUAUCCGAUGUCUCACGUCCUCUAUAAUUAGGGGCAUCUCCUCACCCAAAUUAACAAAUACCGACAUGGUAUGCGGAUUUGCUAUCGACGUUCAACACAACCACCGGCUUUCUCCAGCUCCCCCGCUAUUAUCCUGGCUCUUUUCUGCCAACCACAUCUGCUCCCGCUGCCCAUAACAUUGCCACCGGUAGUUGGCUCAUUCACUCGGUUUAGCUAUUCCUCCGCCCGGACUUUUUACCCAAACUCCGAUCCGGGAGGGGAGCACUUGUAGUGGCCCUUCCACGGGCGCUUGUUGCAACGUCGUCUCACGCGUACUUGCAGGUGCGCGCCAAGUCUCGGCCAAUCACGCCUGUCCAAACCAGCCAAUCAACUUCAAGGCCGACCCAAGGCCGCUCAAGGCGCCGUGACGCAUUUCCUACUGAGACUCGGAACGUCGGUCUCACGGUGCCGGUUUUGCCCACUCGUCCGGCUGCCAACGUACUCUAACGGGUUCUGCACGGCGUCCAACACCUAUUUGUAUUCGGAACCGGGUCGUAGUGGAUAGCAUCUUCCUAUGGUUUUGGUUGCCGCAACAAUUUCAUCCCUCGAAAUGGAAGUUAGUUUACCUGGUGUUUCAGAGUCACUUCCGAAUCUGCUUUUAGAGACAGUGACAGAUGGACGCACAGAGGGUUCAGUAUGCAGUUGAUACAGUUGUUAUGCCACUGCAAAGUCACCAAAAUUAGCGGCUUCGGAAUUCACUGCAGUCGCGGUCGUACUUGGUACAAUGAUGGCUACCUAGCCUACAUCCGUUAGCGGCGACGAUACAGACUUAGCAAUUAGCCACUGGACACCGUGUUCAUCUGCGCGCUCUUUGCGUGACUAUUUACAUCGCUUAGGUAAAGUCUUAGCAGUAAAUGGAGUGGAGGUGACAAUUGGCGAGGCUUUUACGGCUUGAAGGAAGAGACCAGGGCUGGUGCGCCGACGAUCGGCUGCUGUGGGAGGUAUGAUACUCAGCUGCCCACCAGCGUCAACUAGGAAGCGUCCGUCACUCCGAUUGUCACAGUCGUAGAAAGUGAGACCAGGGCUAGAACUGCCAGGGAGAUUGGAUACACUGAAAUUCGGUCUGGUUCGUUUGCUCUGUUAGGAGACAAAGGAGUGGGGGGAGAUGCAGCAACGGGCACCGACGCCAGAAAGUGUGUGAUGUCUGCAGGUGAUGACUGUGUUGACAGGAGACGAAAAUGUUAACUGGACACGCCGGACAGAUGACCUCGGCGGGCUCCGGGGUGAUGAGAGAGGUGCCGGUUUUUUUUAAGAAAAACGAGCAAGCUUCGCAAUCUCAGACUUUAUGCGAGAGUGAGGAGACACAGGAGAAAUUGACGAGGCUGCUAUGGCAGAAGUUGGUGGCUCGGAAAACCGUGCAUCUCCAUAAGCCGUUCGGCCGACAGAGUGCCAAAAGUAAGUGCCAAAGCAUGCUACACUUCCUGUGAAAUGUUGUUCAUUGCCAACGCCGUUCGUAAGGAGUCGCCAGUUGUCGUGGUGGGGAGAUAACGUAAGAGUUCCCAAUGUUCGAUAACACGAAGAUCUUCAAACCACAAGUCAGGGAAGUCCGAUUGGUUUAGAAUCGACGGGGAGCGCGAGGAGGGAAAAGGGGCAGCGUGACAAAGCGACGGCAACCAAGGGAGCAGACUGCCAACUGACCCUUCGGCGGUGGGUUUAAACUCACGACCGUAAUUAGACUGUCGGAAUUACCUAAGAAUUCCUCGCCACUCUCAAUAUACUUAUUUCGGACAGCUAUACCUUUCGGUAUCCAUUAUUCUUUUUUGCCAGAAAGCAUAUUGCUCUUCCUCGGUCUGGGCAGUUAGCUAAGGAACGUCGGUAUUGUGAAAUAAAUCCCAAGUGGGCAUUUAGUAGCCGAGAAGAAAUAAAAGCAGGGAUCAAACGUCCUCAUGUCAAACCGGUAAACAUGGUCGCGAUUAAGGCACCGAAGACAAAGUAUCCGACAAACAAACUCACAGUUCCCCUAACGCCCGUGAUGCAUGUACAACUCCUAACCAUGGAGUUGGGUAGUCAAAUUUGAGCAAAUAGACUGAAAACGGUAGCUCGACUCAAAACAAAGUCAGCCUUCUUGAGUAUUCAUUGGUCAUGACAGCUUUCUCUAAUCCUUUUCUAUGACACGAUCCGUGUAUUCCUGACAUCUGGAAUGUAAACGUCGGUGGUAAAUUGAGUAGUAGCCUACAGCAGCCUCUUAGCCUUAGAUAUGCCGCGUGCUGUCUUCAGGUCACCGAAUUAGAAGACCCCGGCAACAAGGACACAUUGCUGGAUUUGGUUGAUUUAUAUCUAGCAGGUGAUCCCGUAAUUGCAGAUAAACGUAAAUGCCUCGGAUGUCUUAAGUUAGACCUAGUGUCUUCACACUGAAGAAAUACACUUAUUGACUCAAUCCAGUCAUUGGUGAACCUUUUUCCGUCAGCUUUGUCUAUGGAUAUUUAAUUGUAUUCAGCCCUGUUUAUCAGAUUUCAACCCUGGCUCUUAGCCUCCACUAAACUUUGCAUACGCAUCUUACACCUGCCUUUCAGACACUCCCAAGUACAAGGGCAGAAUAGUCCAUAUAAUCUACACACCACCAAAUGACACCGCGGUGAACGAAACCCUCUUCUUCGUUGGCAAGGGCAUCAACUUCGAUACCGGUGGUUACUCCCUCAAGACUGGCGGCUCGAUGUUGUUCAUGCGAAAGGAUAAAUGCGGCGCCACAUCCAUUGUCGGUUUCAUGCGCGUUUUGGACAUUCUCAAACCGAAAGGUCUCAAGGUGAACGCAAAACUGGCGUUCGUGCGAAAUGGCAUCGGAGACGAUGCCUACCUUGUGGAUGAAAUAAUUCCUUCCGCAGCUGGCGUCCGGAGUCGCAUUGGCAGCACCGAUGCGGAGGGUCGCAACGUCAUGGUUGACUUGUUGGCAUAUGCUAAGGAGGAGGUAUGUUAUAUAUAUAUAUAUAUAUGUUUCUUGGGAUGCCUAGGUCACAGUAUAUACACGUAUAUAAGUUUGUAUUAGGAGGUAGAAACCUUAAGAAAUAUGAGUUGGGGUAGGGUAUAAUUAAUGAGAAAGCGAGAAACUUUAUUUUAAUUUGUGUCCGGCAGAUUUGAACAACUAAUUUGACCCAUUUGUAAAAACCUUAGUGGCCUCGAUGAGAUCCGAACCCAUGGCAGCAAGGGUUAUGCUUGACCACAGCCAACGCUCUAACCUCCUCAGCUACGAGGUCAAACCGGGAGCCCAGUAGGCUCAGAAGGUAACGUGAUCCAAAUGUGAUUAAAGUCACUGCUCCCGGUGGGACCUCUCAGAUCGCGUGGCCAGAGCGUUGGCUGUACUCAAGCCCUCCCCUUGCUGUCGUAGAUUCGAAUCCCACCAAGUCCGCCGAGUUUUUCACAGUUGGAUCGAAUGAAUUAUUUAAAUCAGCCAAAAGCAUCAAUUAAUUAAGUGAGCCUGAUAGUCAUCUGGUGGAUCCUAGAUUUAUUGCUUGGAAAAUCGGGAUUUUUUGAUGUUAAUGCUGUUGAUUGCGUUUUUACCUGCUAAACGACAGCACAGUUUUCUGGCUAGUGGGAAGGGGAAACCCACUUGAAUCUUUCUUUUCUACGACGCAAUUUGCAAUGUUUUUUCUCAGGGGAUUUACUUGUCACAGACAACAUGAUAUUUUGCUUUCUUUCCACCUUGAAUUACCGUUAAGGAUAACCCAAACUCGAAGAAAAAGGAGUCCUUUGGGAAAAUGACCAAACUUUAUUUCGUAAAUUUUCGAGUCUGGUUUCCCAGAUCGUCGUCAGACGUGUAGUAAGUGUGAAGAAACAGCCAAAAUUUAAACAUGCCCAAAAAAUCGAUAUUGCUUUGUCAGGGCUGAGGAUGGGUCACUGCUGUGGGCUGAUGUCGCGUCUUGGUUGGCUAUUAACUUUUCCAUUUUUCUUUGAGAUUUGUGUAUAUGGCGUCACCAUCGAUGCGUCGAUUGAUGCAUGAAUCAUCAGAUUGAAUGGCCUCUAGGAAUUCUCGGCCUUUCUUAUCUGGGCAGGAACCAAAAAUGCGUAUUUUAUCCCAAACGAAUUUGUGUCCAAUUUCAAGAAUAUUCAUAGCGACUUGGGAUAAGUGGUCCCGCCUCUUCACUGCCCGUUGGUGUUCAGGUAGGCGUGUAGAGGCGGAUUUUCCGGUUUGACCACAAUAUACCGCAUUACAAGUGCCACAUGGAAUCUUAUAGACUACUUCUUUUUUAUCCAAAUAGUCAGCCCUAUUCACAGGGUGUACAAGCUGAUUGCGUAGCGUAGUCGUCGGUUUGUGAGCCACUUGUAUUUGGUUCUUCAGAUACUGUGGUUUGGAAAGCGUGCGCAGCGUUUGCAGACAUGGCGAACCUAAACUUUUUGUUAAAAUGACGGCAAGAGACAAGAGUCUUUAGAAGGCCUUUUUUCUCCUCUUCAGGCCCUCAACGCAACCAACCCCCAUCUCUUCACAGUUGCUACGCUCACUGGACACGUUGCGCUGGCCUACGGCAAGAUACCGGUAGGUUGGAUGUGUAACUUGCGGUCGCCUAGUCCCCCUGUGCGAGAAUCUAACGGAAACUCAGACGUACGCUGAUGACUGUGAUUGUUGAAUUUUAGGCUGCCAUGGACAACGGCCCAGCGAGGCGUCUGGGCUACGCUAAAGCCCUCGGCCGGGGAGGGGCCUUGGUGGGCGAUCCCAUUGAAGUAAGUCAUGCUAUUUUGCCCCGUUUGUUCCCGUUUGUCGAUGAGUCAGUAAACUGCGAACAAAUCCACCAGAUUACGCUGUUGAAGCAGUUAAAGUAUUCCAAGCAGAACAACGACGGAUUUACAAAGCCAGAGUGGGUGGCGGCUAGAUCGCAGUUGGUAGCUUGGCCCCGUAUUACAGGUGGCUGGGUGGGUUUGUUUACUGAGGCUAUUUUGUGGGGUACCAUAAUCACAUCUGAUCCUUUUGGCUUCCGUUUUACGUCUGAGGUUAGGAUUAGGAUACCGGUUAAUGGUUUCCGAUUUUCGGGUUAGGGUUUGAGCGUACGAUUAGAUUUCAGUAUUACGGUUAGGUUUUCCAGUUACGGCUACGUUUACGAUUUCGGUUAGGGUUGCCGUUAAGGUUAACGGUUAACGUUUACGGCUGAAGUAGGCAAGAGCAGCAGGAAACCAGAUCUUUGUAAACAAUUGGAGCACGUGGUUAACCUAACAUUACCAUGGUAGCCUCUGGCUCCAUGAUUCCCCCUCUCUCCUCUCAUUUUUUGCUCUUUAACGUUUCCUUCUUUUUUUGUGUUAUUAACUUUAUCGAUUAGCCAACUUGCCCAAAACCCUAACCUUGCUGUUUCUGCAUCGAUUUUCUGCAUGAAUUCAAAUCUGUUGUAUUGUUCUCACUCGUUAUCCCUCUUAUGAAGCGACAGGAAGCAGCUGAAGAGCAGUCGCGAAAUUUUUUGGUGCCAAUAAAUCCUGCUGUUCUUGCCUACUUCAGCUUCGUACCGGGGACAAAAUGCUUCAAAGUUUACGGCUGAGGUUAGGGCUAGGGUUAAGGUUAGGAUUAGGGUUAAGGUCGCCGCCCCCUUCCUCAUUCCUGGCUAUCAACUGCGAUCUAGCCGUGGUCGUGGUGGCUACUGAUUUAACUGGCUGAUCGCCAGCUGACGAUUUAACUCAGACUACGCCAGUUGACCCGGUUUAAUGGCCGACUGAUGGUUGGACUGCGAUUGAUGUUUCCUAAUUGCACUCCGCCACACAUUUGAAAACUCAGCCGCCCCCCCCCUUUUCGUGUGUGCGCUUGAGGGGGGGGGACAGGUCGUACAUGUGACGCGUGCAGACGGUCUCACUAGCUCUGUCAGCCAGUGCAUCCACUCCCAGAAUCAGUCAUUUGACCAACUCGGACAGGGGACUGGUACCUGGGAGUGGAGAGUGAUGUCGACGAUCUCAGCACUACAGUGAAUCAGACGUGCUUAAAGCCAUCCCGAUGAGCUAAAAGCCGUAGAUUAGAGGGUUGUCAACUGACGGGAUAAUUCGGACCUCGCAGCCAGCCCAGUGUCGUGUGUUGACGUGGAGUGGCAGACUGGUGAAGUGAUGGCCAGGCUGCAAUGGCUCCGUCUUGAUGUGGCCUCUACGGCACUCCCACUUCGAGGGAUUCGGGUCUAUGAAAUGGCACGUUAUAUGGCGCCCUCCCCCCCCCCCCUCCGGCCUUCUUGACUCUCAUAACACCCAGCCCAGGUUGAGGAGGAGAGAGGAGUGUGGUAGAGGCUGAGCAAUUCUAACAUCACCAUAACCGAAUUCACAUGCAAACCAUCACCCUUUCUCCCCCCUCGUUAUGGAACACAUGGUAAACAUUGUUAGCAUGUUUUGCGGAAGCAGGUCCUGCAUGUGGCUCUUGCAGACGGACUGUUUUUUUUUUUUUCUCUCUCUCUCUCACACACACGAUAGUUCGUCCGUCGAUUUCGACGAUGACCACCGUGUGCCCCACAGACUGCAUUGUGGGAGCAGGGACGGUGACUUGCGCAGGGGUUUAUAGUGCCAGUAGACUUGCGCUGCAUCUACCUACACUCUCUCCUCCUCCUCCCCCGCCUGGGCCCGGUGUCAAGACAGAGUCAAGAAGACCGGCGACGGGGGAGGCUGCAGGUGGAUGGCUCGGACGGAUCCUCGCCUUGGCGCUCCACUCCGCACCCCUGGUCCACACACCAAUGACCAGGAUUUUGACCACAAAACAAUGGGGUGGUGACAGUGGUCCAGUUGUGCGACGAAUGCCGACAACAGGGUCCGCCAGCGCACGCCGCAAAUGUUGACAUUUGUUAUUGCGCACAGAUAACGCCUGCCAGAGUACGAUGUGGCCCCCGUGUUGGUCCAGCGCAUCUAACACGCGGCCCGUUUUGAGGGCACUCUCACACACACACACACACACACACACAAACACACACUUCCAACAUCAGACAUCUGACCUGCUCGGACUGGUGUCUGAGAGUGGGAAGUGAGGCUGGGGUUGACCAUCUCAGCGCAUAGUCGUCAAAGCAAUCUGACGCGCUUGAAGCUAUCACGGUUCGCUUAAAGCCGCGCAUCCGAUGGGUGUGUUUGUGUGGAUUCGCCGCCUGAAGUACUGAGAGUCAGGCUGCAAUGACGCCUUCUUAAUGUGGCCUCUGUGACACUCCCAUUCAGUGGGAUUCGAGGUUAUGUGAUGACACGUUCGCUGUGCUAGCCAACUGCAGCCUCUCCUGUUUCUGGUCUUCUUGACGUAGUCCUGACUACCCGCCCAGGUUGCGGCGGAGGAGGGGGAAGUGCGUUAGAUGCCGUGCAAGCCUACUAUUAAUAUAAACAAAUCCACGCGCAAGUCACCGUCCUUGCGCCCACUCUGCUAUAGUUAACAUCGUCGGCAACGAGUAUCGAACUGUCGAGGCCUCGUAGAUGAGCUGAUAUAUGUGUGAGGUAUUGACUGACAGAAAUGGCGCGAAGAGUCUUGCGGUUGACAUACCUUAUCGAUUUCGUCUACUUCUACGUGGAAGGUAAGAUGUAGACUUGCGGCCGGCGGGAUCAAUGUGCGUGGGCGGAAUAGUUUCAGCCAGCCGACCUAGGUUUCGCACGAGUUCCUUGGUGAACGAAGUUCAGAGGGUGUAUUUCUGCCAGAAGGUCAGGCAAGAGCUACGGGUGAGCGGUCAAGCAAAGGUUCCAAGUGAUUAAGUACGUUCGAACUGGAAGAGUUUAUGAUCUGCUUGCCAGGGCUGAUCAGUCCUCUAGACGAACCACCGUGCAGUGACUGAACUUUCCGUCCGACUGGCUUUUGUAAUUGGAAUACAUCAGAACACCAGGUAGGGGUCCCAACACCGAUCAGAUGAGACUAUAUAGCGACACAGCGGUGAGAAUAAGCGCUCUGAGCGCUACAACCACCAGGUCAGAUCCCGAGUUGACGGGAGAAGACGGAUGGAACCAAAAUGAGGGGUUUAUUGUGCACAGUACCCGGAGUUGUCCACUCAGGCAGCAGUGGCCACUGGCGACGCCAGGGCUGAUGUUAACUGCGUCCAGGCAUGCCUGAGAGUCCCUGAGAUAGUGGUGGCAGCCACUUUUGUAGGCUCCUGGGACAAGCUCAAGUGGCGUCCAGUCGGCGUGUGUUGCAUUUGCCGAGGGAUGGUCUCCCAGUGGCUUAGAUUGCGGUUACAUGGGGUAGGUGCGUUCAAGUAGCCGCUUGGGCUGUGCGGACGCAGGUGUGUCCGAGCUGUCGGUCGUGUGACUUUAAGUCAGCGCGUUUAGAGCGGCUCACUGCAAAAGGGAGUCUUAAAAAAUGACGCCAGACCGGUCAUGAUGGCUGGCCACUACAACUAUCCAAACUGUUUAUGAUAUCGUUCAUUGGGGAGGGGGACAUUUCCCCAUCCAUUGAGGUUACUGUGCAUAUUUUAGAUCUCAACUCUGCGGAGGGAGGACUACGAGGUCUGCUUCCCAGUGAGCGAGUAUGAAGAUCUGCAGCAGAGGAACACUCACGCCAACACUGUCAAGUAUCGCGGUCACCAGUACCCUGCUGCAUGGAUGCUGAUGGCUAGUCGCAUGACAGACGUAAGUGACCUUCCCUCAAAGUGUUUGUUCCGGCAUUUCCGCGCCAAUCAGGAUGUCUUCUAG